AUGUUUGGUGGCUCUCUAGCGGCGGGUUCUCUUAGUGCGGCACUGUAGGCUCGUUGGCGGAGUCGUGGCACCGGUGCAACCGUGUACAGAGAGAUGACGCGCAGGUGGUGAGGGCGGAGUGAUCGGCACGUAGCAGCGGGGAACAUGGCGAGACACCGGAACGUACGGGGGUACAACUAUGAUGAGGAUUUUGAGGAUGAAGAUAUGUUUGGACAGUCUGUAGAAGAUGACUAUUGUAUUUCACCAGCCACAGCUGCUCAGUUCAUAUAUUCUAAGCGGGACAGACACUCAAGCUUUACUGAGCCUUUAGAAGAGGAGGAGGAAGAGGAACACAAUGACGAAGAACUGGAAAAACAAAAGGCUUCUAAUAUUGCUUUAAGUUCAGUAGACCAAGCUCGUUUAUUCUCAUGCCUGGAGCACAUGAGGGAAGUCCUGGGAGAGACUGUUUUAGAGCAAGUUAUGAUUGACGCGGCAUUGAAAUGUCAGUUCGAUGUCUCCAAGGCCCUUGAACUUGUGUUCAAACAGGACAGCAACACCAACACAAGCACCGAACCUGUGAGCCAAGACUUGCUCUCCACUGGGAAGCCAGCAAAAGGCAGAUCAAGAGACUUGACUUCUAUGGAAGCACAGAAUGAAAUUGUCCCUAAAAUUGCCAAGAUGACUGUCUCUGGAAAGAAGCAGAAAAUGGGAUUUAAUAUUCCAAGCACAGCAUCUGAGGUAAAUGGACAGGCUGUUCCUUUGUCUGCAAAAAGCCAGCAUAUGGAUGACAUUGUGGAGGAAUCUGAGAGCACCGUUCCAUUACCCACACAAAUAAACACAUCACAGGGCUCUGAUGAACUUAAUGCCAUAUCUCAAGUAAAAAGUUCGGGAAAAUCCAAGCAGAAAAUUAAUGUUAAAGAAGAGCUAGAAAAGAGACAAGGAGGAAAACAGCUGCUAAACCUUGUUGUAAUAGGCCAUGUUGAUGCUGGGAAAAGCACACUUAUGGGUCAUCUAUUAUAUCUCUUGGGACAUGUGAACAAACGAACCAUGCACAAAUAUGAGCAAGAGUCCAAGAAAGCAGGAAAAGCGUCUUUUGCAUAUGCUUGGGUGCUUGAUGAGACAGGCGAAGAGAGGCAAAGAGGAGUGACUAUGGAUGUAGGCAUGACCAAAUUUGAAACAAAGUCCAAAGUUAUUACUUUAAUGGAUGCUCCAGGGCACAAGGAUUUUAUCCCAAAUAUGAUUACAGGGGCUGCUCAAGCUGAUGUGGCCACUUUGGUUGUAGAUGCCAGCCGAGGGGAAUUUGAAGCAGGCUUCGAAGCUGGUGGACAGACACGUGAGCAUGCACUGCUGGUCCGCUCUCUUGGUGUAACUCAGCUUGCAGUAGCAGUCAAUAAAAUGGAUCAGGUUAACUGGCAACAAGAUCGAUUUCGGGAAGUUACUAGUAAGCUUGGGCACUUUCUGAAACAAGCUGGAUUUAAGGACAGUGACGUAUUUUAUGUUCCUACCAGUGGCCUCAGUGGAGAAAAUCUGGCCAAAUGUAGUCAAAUACCUGAUCUGACAAGCUGGUAUAAAGGACCGUGCCUUACUGACCAAAUUGAUUCCUUUAAAGCCCCACAGCGGUCCACAGAUAAACCCUUUAGACUGUGUGCAUCAGAUGUUUUCAAAGAUCAAGGCUCUGGAUUUUGUGUGACUGGCAAAAUAGAAGCUGGCUACAUACAAACAGGUGACCGCAUACUAGCCAUGCCACCUAAUGAAACAUGCACAGUAAAAGGAAUCACAUUACAUGAUGAAGCAGUCGACUGGGCCGCGGCGGGAGAUCAAGUUAGUCUCACUUUGACCGGCGUGGAUAUCAUCAAAAUAAAUGUAGGAUGCGUGUUUUGCAGUCAAAAUGAACCUAUCAAAGCCUGUACCCGUUUCCGAGCCAGAGUUCUGAUCUUUAACUUUGAUGUCCCUAUAACCCAAGGUUUCCCAGUAAUCAUCCACUACCAAACUGUAAGUGAGCCUGCCACUAUCAGGAAGCUGGUCAGUGUCCUACACAAGAGCACAGGGGAGGUUGUAAAGAAAAAGCCAAAAUGUCUAACAAAAGGAAUGAAUGCUGUAAUAGAGCUACAAACGCAGAGACCUGUUGCUUUAGAAUUAUACAAAGACUUUAAAGAACUUGGGAGGUUCAUGUUACGUUACAGUGGAUCAUCCAUAGCUGCUGGAGUUGUCACUGAGAUAAAAGAUUGACACUACAGUCUCACGAAGGGGACUUCACCAACUAACCACACUCAAAGUGGAGAGUACUCUACCUAAACUGCCCAGCUAAAGACAUGAAGUGCAAUUAAAGGGGGAACCUCACCUGUGGACUACUUCCAUCUAACAGAACAAAGAACCAGGACCUCAGUCUGUGAUUCAUUCACAUGGUUAAACCUGUGAUAAAGUGCUCCUUAUUGUGUCUCUACCGUCCUCAAUCUCUCAUGAACGCUGAAGCUUUUCUCAUGCAAGAUUAAUUUAUAUUAAUAACAAUAUUUGACUUGGCAUGAUAUUCUCUUCUGAUCCUAGCAGACAUGUUUACAGUUUCUUUCUGAAAUGUCUGUCAUUUUUUUUUCAUUCUUUCUGAUAACUUAGGCUAAUAUAUUUAGUUCUAAAUAUAAAUUGCUUAUAUGAAGCAGAACAAAAAAGAAGGACUUUUUAUUUUAUGUUUUAGAGCAUGGCCGAACAUUAAGAAGAUCUGAACCUCCCAUGAGAUGAUUGUUUGCUGUGUGUAUGUAGAUUUGCUGUGAGGGACGUGCCAAUUUUAUUCAAUGAUGAAAAUGGAUCUAAAAUAGAGAAAUUAAAAAGCUUUGGUUUGAGCAUA